UGAAAUAGUUCAAUAUACAAUAAAUCAAUGCAUAGUGAUUAUAAUUCUUAUGGAAUAGUAAACCAAAAGAUAUUUUAGGUCCAAAUGAAACACAAUUGACUAUGAAAUCUUUACAAAUUGAACAAUCAAAACGUAACCAUUUGUUAUUGACUAUCAAUCAAAGAAACGAUCAUUUAUAUCCAAUGAAAUUUCAUUAUGAUCAAUUACUUGUUCAAUUAAUUAAAGAAAAUGGUCAUAUACAAGUAAAUAAUUUAAUUAUUCCUAAAUCGAUUAUAAAUCAAAAAACAUAUCGAUGGAAUGAAUUUUCAAAUCCAACAGCGUUGAAUAAAUCAAUACAACUUCGACAUAUUCGACACAUUCACGAUUGUGACAAUGCUAUGCAUAAUAAUAAUAAUAAUAAUAAUAAUAAUAAUAAUAAUAAUAAUAAUAAUAAUGAACAAUUAGCUGAGAACAUUUUAUAUCGAACCAAUGACAAUUCUGCAAUUGAUAUGAUCACAUUCAAUACAGAUGGUCGUAAAUCCAGAAUGAGGAAUAGGAUGAGUCAAUUGUUUCCACGUUGUUCUUAUAUUCCAAAAGGAAAAUCUUCACAUUCAAUAUCUAGUCUUGAUGAAAAUGAAAUAGAUGAAGUUCGAAAGAAGUUAGAUCAUCUUCAAUCAUUACUAAUACAAGUUAAAAAUCAACUCAAUUCUUCACCCAAAGAUGAUGAUGAUGAUAAUAAGGACAGCCAUAAGAUCGAUGAAAGAAUCUUUGCAAAUACUUUGACUGAAUUGAGUCUUUUACAGACUACUGAAAUGAAUACUGAAGAAAAUGGACAAAAGAUUGAUGAUUCAUGGCAAAAUUUGCCUAAUUAUGUUACAUUUUCAGUGAAAAAAUCACAUGAAUAUGCUGUGAGAAAUUGGUUACUAUCAAAUUUCAGUCAUAUUUAACUACUUAUAUCGAUAAAAGUAGUUAGAAACAAUUGUGUGAAUUAAUUUCUAUGACAUGAAGAUCAAGUUUGUCUUUAUUUCUUUUUAAAUAAGUGUUUUCUUAAACUAUCAUUCAUCUCAUUAUAAUUAGCAUUGGUAUGUAUGACAUCCAUCUUAUCAGUGUUCAUCUUCACUUUUCUCUUUAAUGUUAAUUGUAGAAUGUUUCUGGAAAGAAUAAUUGAUUUAUUUAG